AUGGCCAGGUCCACGCUGCUCGAAAACGGAACCGUCAUCUCCUUCGACGAUGCCAGUCAAUCGCUGAAAGUCCUGCACAAGACCUCUGUGCUGGUGACCGGGGAUCGCAUCACUGCCAUAUUUGACUCGGCCUCGUCCGACUCGGGUGACGUUCCAGCGGAUGUGGAACGGGUGGAUGCAACCAACAAAAUCAUCUCCCCCGGCUUCGUCGACACCCACCGCCAUGGCUGGCAGACGGCCUUCCGCACACUCGCGCCAAACACGACGCUCGCCGAGUACUUCUUCCGCUACGGCCAGUACACGCAGGCGAAGAGCGUCUUCACGCCCGACGACAUCUACUAUGGGCAGCUCGCGGGGAUAUACGAAGCGCUUAACGCGGGCGUAACAUCCAUCCUCGAGCACGCGCACGGUACCUUCUCCCCAGAAGCAUCUGCGGCCUCCCUCUCUGCAUCCGUCGACAGCGGCGUGCGCAUGUGGUGGUGCUACGGCUUCAGCAGCGUCGACGCCGCGUCCAUCGCCGACUUCCGCGCCCAAAGCACGCACCCCAAGCUCAGCGAGACCAACGGCCUGGUGCAGUACGGGAUGGCCUAUGACGGGUGGACCAUGGCCGACGUCGCCGAAGUCUCCACCAUCACCGCGCUCGCGCACGACACACCCAACCUGUCGGCUUUCACGACGCACUCCCUCGGCGGGCCGUGGCACGUCGACAACGGCCCCACCACCAUCUCAUCCCACGCGGCUGCGACCUCCUUUCUCGCCACCGCCCGCUUCCCCAUCGUCUUCUCGCACGCCUCCUUCCUGUCCCCCACCGACGCCGCCCUGCUGCGGCAGCACGACCACCACGUGUCCAUCACGCCCGAGUCGGAGAUGCACUACGGGCACGACCACCCGGGGACGCCGCAUAUCAUGGACCAAGCGGCGCUGGGGGUGGACACGCACUUCACCUUCUCCAGCGACAUCGUGACGCAGGCGCGGCUGUGGCUUCAGACGGUGCGGCGGGGCGAGUACCGCCGCACGCUGGAGGGCUGGGCGAUUCCGACGACGAACCCGAUGAGCGUGAAUCAGGCGUUCCUGCUGGCGACGCGGAACGGUGGGAGGGCGCUGAGGCGGGACGACGUCGGGGUGAUCAAGGUAGGGGCGGUGGCGGACCUCGUCAUGUUUGAUGGCAACAGUCCGAAUAUGCUGGGCUGGGCGGACGCGGUGGCGGCCGUGGUGCUGCAUUCGAACGUGGGCGAUGUCAAGGAUGUCAUGGUCGGCGGCGAGUGGAGGAAGCGAGACGGCAUGCUGGUGACGAAGCAGGAUAGGAAGAAGGUCGAGGAGAGGUUUUUGGCGAGCGCGAGGCGCAUCCAGGCGAUUUGGAAGGACACGCCUCCGCCCGUGUUGGAGGGCGAGUGGAAGCCUGGCGUGGCGUUCAAGGCGACCGAGGAGCAGAAUGUGGUGAGGGGAGAGGGGACGGGGUAUUGA